GCGUACUGGCAGUCACGAAAACAAUUUGUAUGUAAACAAAAAAAAAACGUUACGCAGGAAAAUGGGUACACUGAAAGACGUAGUUCUUAGUGUUUUCGUUUUAUUGAGCGUUUUCAAUGGAGUAUAUUCAGCAAGCAUAUAUGGAGAAGGGAUGGGUACAAAAGAACAAACAACCAUUGCUGCUCCAGGUACUGGAAUGCAGUCCACAGAAAAUAAUAAUUUUGCAGCAAGUACUGAAAAUGAAGCUCAGAGACAAAUUAUAGACCGUGGAGGGUUAGACCCAAAUAGUGUUCAAUCUGAGCCAGUAAAUGCAGAGACAGAUUUAAAUUCUAAACAAGUGGACUCUUUGGAGAAGGUUGUUCAGUCUAUCUUACUGCCAGGUCCUGCGAUUGGCAUUGAGGAUACAGGGAAUAUAGAUGAAUCCACUGGUGAUGCAGCGGAAGCUUCUGAACAUAAUGCCUCCACAACAAACAAUGGAGCUGUAGCUUCAGCCAACAACAUGGCUCCUUCACCUGUUUCUGGAAUAAAUGAUGCAAAACCAGCCGUGGGCAGUGGUAUGACUCCUGUGCCAAAUAAAAUCCCUAGAACGGAUACUGCAGCAACCUCUGCAGGCAGUGGCAUGGCUACUACACAGAAAAACGCCCCUGGAAUUGAUGCUGCAGCACCCUCCUUGGGCAGAGGCAUUGCUCCUACACCAAAUACUGCUCCUGGAAUGGAUACUGCACCAACUGCUAAGAGUAGUGGCAUGGGUAUGGGCAUGGGCAGCAGCAUGGGUUCUAAACCAAAUACUGCUCCUGGAAUGGGUACUGCAGCAACCGCUAUGGGCAGCGGCAUGGGUAUGGGCAUGGGUCCUAAACCAAAUUAUGCUCCUGGAAUGAAUACUGCAGCAACUGCUAAGAGUAGUGGCAUGGGUAUGGGCAUGGGCAGCAGCAUGGGUUCUAAACCAAAUACUGCUCCUGGAAUGGGUACUGCAGCAACUGCUAUGGGCAGCGGCAUGGGUAUGGGCAUGGGUCCUAAACCAAAUUAUGCUCCUGGAAUGAAUACUGCAGCAACUGCUAAGAGUAGUGGCAUGGGUAUGGGCAUGGGUAGUGGCAUGGGUCCUAAACCAAAUUAUGCUCCUGGAAUGAAUACUGCAGCAACUGCUAAGAGUAGUGGCAUGGGUAUGGGCAUGGGCAGCGGCAUGGGUCCUAAACUAAAUACUGCUCAUGGAAUGAAUACUGCAGCAACCGCUAUGGGUAGUGGCAUGGGUAUGGGUAGUGGCAUUGGUCCUAAACCAAAUUAUGAUCCUGGAACAGCUUCUUCAGCACCCUCAUUGGGCAGUGGCAUGGGUCUUGCACCAAAUAGCGCCCCUGGAAUGGAUGCUUCAGCACCCUCCACAGGCAAUGGCAUGGCUCUUAUAACAAAUUAUGCGCCUGGAAUGGAUACUGCAGCAACUGCUAUGGGCAGUGGCAUGGCUCCUACACCAGUCUCUGCAGAUCACAUUGCUUCAACAGUGAGUGAUGUCCCAGCAAUUAAUAGUGCAAUGCCGAAUUCAGGUCAGAUAGUUGCAACCAACAGUAAAGGGCUGGUAGCUUCCAGUUACUUGUCACCAACAGGUAUAACAGAAACAACCAUUAAUGCAGAAACUGAUACUGCAGAACAAGAAAAUAUUGUUAAUACUGGAUCAGUCACUGGAGAUGGUACUGAUUUAAAGGAAGGAAAUUCAAAAGGUAACAAAGCAUCAGAAAACAAGAAUGCUGAUUUGGGAGAAUCUGAGAAUUCAGAAGAUUAUGAUGAUGAUUAUGAUGAGAAUUGGUGGGAUAAUGAUUAUUAUGAGGAUGAGAAUAAUGAUGAUGAUGACUGGUUAAAUGAUGAUGACUGGUUUGAUGAUGAUGAUGAUGAUGAUGAUGAUUACAGUAAUGAUGUUGAUUCAAAUGAGGAUUACUUGGAAACUUCUACAACAACAAAAUCUUGGUUGGACACCAGCACAACUGCAGAUGACUAUGACUUGGCCUCCAAGGAAGAUGACAAAGAUUACAGUGAAGAAAUGGAUGAUAGUGUUGAAGCAGGGAAAGAUCUGAUGACAAGUGGACAUAAUUUUGACAGCAGUUUUGGACCAUUCGCUGGUGCUAAAGUAUCUAGUAAAAGUAGAGGACCGAAUGAUGGGUUUGCAUACAGCUGGACCUUACUCCUCACUGUCUGUAUAGUUAUAGUGGGCCUCUUUAUCUUCUGGAACAGACACAAGGUUGAGAAAUAUAUUGUUAGCCUGAGACAUCCUGCCACUAGCAACCAGAAUAGAGGACUUCUAAACAGAGAUGAGGAGAAAAUCCUUCUUGACAACGAAUACGCCUAACUUGACAAGCCAUCUUAAAUUACCUGCUACGCCAUCAUAAAUACAGAAAACACUGAGCUACCAUUUAUACUUUAUUUGAUGUGAUAAAUUUACAGUCUAUUGAAAUCUAAUGUCUGCAAUGUAACUAGUAAACGAAAAUGUCAUGUUUUAUGUAAAAUUAUACUUAUAUUGAGGGUUAUUUUAAAUGGUUCACUAUAUUGAUAUAGUUAUAUUUAGUAGAAUAGUGACUUGUUAUAUACAGUCAAACUUCGUUAUCUUGAACUCAACAGGACCGUCGAUCAAAUAAUAUAGAUUGUAUAGGAAAUUGGCUGGGACCUGCCGCUGAGUUUUGCAAAGUGUUGUGAUCGAAUUUUCAGAGUUCAAGGGAACGAGUUUGACUGAUUCUACAAUGCUUAGAGCGCUAGAAUUGAAAUCAUGAACAAUUGUGAGCUACAUUUUUUUGUGAAAUUUAUUAAAUUGAAUUGUCUUUGUGGUUGUAAUACAGAAUACACCAUUAAUUGAGGAGGACAGGGUAUUCUGUGAAUAGUUUGUGUCAUUUUUGCGUUGACAAAAUAUGCAAGAAAUCUUGACAUACAGAGAUCACAUAUUUACUUGUUCAGCAAAAUAAUUGCCUAUUGCCAUAUACAUUUUAAUACAAAGGUGCUGUUUUAAGGAAAUAUCUUUCCUUCCAACAGUUUGAAAAGAAGACUUAAAUGUCAUAUACACAAUUACUAUGCAAAGUCCCAUAUUUUAUUUUGAUUAUUUAUUAAGUAUUUCAUUUGAUUUGUGUUUUCAGAGUGAUGUUUUUGAUAAACGCAUAUAAUUGUUUUACAGGUUUGAUGAGUAUUAUCUUGCGUUUUAUUCAACCUGGCGGGGUGGAGUUAAUCUCUGAUUUAAGCAAAUAAUGGUAAUGUCAAAAGCAAGCAAAAUAGGUAGAGCAAUUUAAUUGUUUAAUUCCAUAACCAAUGACUAAAAUUCAACACUACAUUGGUUACAAUGUAAGGUAGACGGCCACUGAAUAUAUGAAAACAGUUGCUGAAUAUACUAUAUAUCCUGCACAAUAAUGCAGUGGACCGUCGUGAGACCCCACCCCCGCAAGGCCGAUUGAAACGCACAAUAUACAUACUGGCCUAAUCAUGGUAUUGUGUUUUGUGGUUUUUACAUGCUGUUUUGUCAAUGUCUUUUCACAUAAUUUGGAACUGAAAUAGUUUUUAGCUCAUCUGAUUUUUUGAAAAAAAAUGAUGAGUUAUUGUCAUCACUUGAGCGGUUGUUGGCGUCGGCGUCGGCGUUGCCUGGUUAAGUUUUAUGUUUAGGUCAGUUUUUCUCCUAAACUAUGAAAGCUAUUGCUUUGAAACUUGGAAUACUUGUUCACCAUCAUAAGCUGACCCUGUAUAGCAAGAAACAUAACUCCAUCUUGCUUUUUGCAAGAUUUAUGGCCCCUUUUGUACUUAGAAAAUUUCAGAUUUCUUGGUUAAGUUUUAUGUUUAGGUCAACUUUUCUCCUAAACUAUCAAAGCUAUUGCUUUGAAACUUGGAAUACUUGUUCACCAUCAUAAGCAGACCCUGUACAUCAAGAAACAUAACUCCAUCUUGCUUUUUGCAAGAUUUAUUGCCCCUUUUGGACUUAGAAAAUCAGUUUUCUUGGUUAAGUUUUAUGUUUAGGUCAGCUUUUAUCCUAAACUAUCAAAGCUAUCGCUUUAAAACUUGCAACACUUGUUCACCAUCAUAAGUUGACCCUGUAUAGCAAGAAACAUAACUCCGUCCUGCUUUUUGCAAGAUUUAUGGCCCCUUUUGGACUUAGAAAAUAUCAGAUUUCUUGGUUAAGUUUUAUGUUUAGGUCAACUUUUUCUCUUAAACUAUCAAAGCUAUUGCUUUGAAACUUGCAACACUUGUUCACCAUCAUAAGCUGACCCUGUACAGCAAGCAACAUAACUCCAUCCUGCUUUUUGCAAUAAUUAUUGCCCCUUUUGGACUUAGAAAAUCAUUUUCUUGGUUGAGUAUUAUGUUUAAGUCAACUUUUCUCAUAAACUAUCAAAGCUAUUGCUUUAAAACUUGCAGCAGUUUUUCACCAUCAUAAGUGGACACUGUACAUCAAGAAACAUAACUCUAUCCUGCUUUUUGCAAGAAUGAUGGCCCAUUUUAGACUUAGAAAAUCAUGGGUAGGACAAUAUUUCUAUUACACAAAAAAAAAUCAGAUGAGCGUCAGCACCCGCAAGGCGGUGCUCUUGUGUUUUAAUCUGAUGAAACUGGCCAUUAAGGAGGUAGGUUACCUUGUUACAAGGGUAAAUUCAGAUUAGUUGAACCGCAGCACAUUUUUGUAUUUCGUGUAAUAUGAAGUUUUAACUGCUAUAAUCUCAAUUUCGUUUGUCUCUGUCCCUUCAAGUUCAAUUUUUAUCCAGGUUUGAAGAACAUGACCCUCCAAAGGUAUUUCAUAUUGAAAGAAGAAGGAAAAUACAGAUAUUUAACACUUUUCAGUGUAUUUUAGUUUCAUUGAUAUCCGUAGAAGUCUGCAUAAUUGAUAAUUUUACUGGUAUUCACGUUAUCUUUGUAAUAAAAGCUUAAAAUGUAUAUGUCGCGGGGCUCGUGUUUCCAUGGUAACGCAUUUUCUCUCAUUUUUAAACAACUAUGUAUAAAAAUAGGGGUUUUCGACGGCUUCAGUGCCAUUCUGUUAAUGACCAACAUGGAAUAUUUGGGUAAUAUUAUUAGCAAAAUACCAAGCACUUUACAUGGUACCCUAUUUUUCUUAACGUGUAAAGUAACCAUGGCAACAGAGAUGUUUAAAAUAGCUUAUAUCUUGCUUUUUGUCGUAGUUUCUUAUAAAAAAUAUUGAAUAAGAUUAUCUUUCUAGUUAUUGUAGCUAUAAAACAUAUUAUUUCUAACGUAAGUUAUAUUUUCGUGUUUUUUGCAUUUAUUCAAACAAAUUUCACAGCUUAGAAUACUUACAGCAGUACCCCUCGUCUGGCAUUUUUCAUGGAAAAAUCGUUCAGCAUGCUGCUAUUAUUCUCACGGAUAUUGUUGAAAUGAAAAUAAAAAGCCGAAGCUGUGUUUCUUAAAUAGACCAGUGUCAACGCUUUUGAAUUUUACAUUUAGAUACAUAGGUCACGGGCUUCGUUUCCAUGGUAACAUCAAUUCAAUUCAAGAAACCACAUUUUUCUACCGAAAUUUGAACAAUUUUAGAUCUUAGUUUUAGUAUAUAAGUAACAAAUUAUCAACGGAACCUGAAAAAUAGGUAUUACAAAUCAAACUGCUAGAUUUUUUAUUUGAAAAUGGCCGUAACAAGUAACCUUUCACCCAACUAUAUUCCAAAUAACAUUGGUUACCAUCAUUCAUUUUCUUACAUUCCGCAUAACAUUUCAAUAUAACUACAUAAAAGAAGCAAAAUAUUGAUUUUUAUUCAGAGCAAAAGACUCAUAAAAAUAUUUCAGCAAAUAAUGGUUAUUUGAAAAUAGUUAAAAUAUAAAAAAAAUGCACAGAAUUACGUACUUUCAUAACAAAAACUAUUAAUUUUGCGCGGUAACUGACACGUAACGUCAUGACGUCAGUGACGUCAUUUUAAGGCAACAUUGUUUUGAAGCGUUUCUGCGGCAAUUUAUUCAUUAUUUCUGAAUUAUUAAACCACAAAGCAUCAGAUCGAAGACAGGUUCAUGAUUUGUUUUCAGAAGAAUGAAUAUACAAACACAUUUAGUUUGUCGUAAACGUCGUCGUAAAUCGUCACGUUAGCUUCCGGUUGGACAUGCGCACAUACAAAUAUGAAGGUAACCUACCUCCUUAAAUGAUUCACUUGGAUAAAAAAAGGUUGUCACUAUUUACUUAUCUUUAGGUGUUAAAUUUGAAAUUAAUUUCAAAUUUUAUUGUUUAAUGUUAUUAAAAAUGAUGUUUCUAUCUGAAUUUUGUUUCAGUUUUAAUGUACAAUGUACUAGAGACUGAAAGGAGAUUUAUCAGUGAUACUGAGAUACAUGUAUUUCAGCCAGUCUUUCUGUGAUAGUGUUGUUGUUAUGAGGCUGUAUAAAAAAUAUGUGGACUUUCGUUUCAGCAGAAAUAUUUCUACUAAUGAACAAAGUUACAUAAUUACUUGUUAUUUGGAAGUUUCGUAAUGUUUCAUUCCGAAAUGUUGUUUUAUGAUUACUUUUUAUAUACAUAAUUAAGCAAAGCUUCGCACCAGAAUUGGUUGAUUUCAAACCAAACAAGGGAGAAAACCACUAGAUUUUCAAAAUUCCUAGAAAAUCAUAUUUAAUCUGGAGAUAAUCAUAUACAAGUUACAUAUGUGGCUUUGAACAGUGUUGCAAGGGAAUAUUGCAGAUAAAACAAGGUUUAUGUACAAGUUAAAAAGUAAAUUAAAGAUUGAAACUGUUCUUUUCAGAAACUCCAAAAGCAGUAUAAACCAUACACUUACAGAGCUGCAUUUCAGGUUGCCUCUAAUAAUUCUAUGAUGACUUAUCUCAGAAAUUUGAAUGUAAUUUGUAUAAUUGUUCCUACCUAUCACUGACUGCACUAUUACUUCAAGUGACUAUUUGGAAAAUGAAUGCACACAUACCCACAAAUUUUAAAACAAAAGUCCAGAUAAUUUUUUAACUGCUCUUUUAAAUGUUGAUGAAAAUAUGGAAUAUAACACUGGUUUUUUUUGUCUUUGUCUUGACAUGAGAUAAAUAUCUUUCAUACACUUGCCAUUAGAAAUGUAGGGAUACUAUAACCAAUUGCAGUAAAAGAAUAUCUGAAUACAUACUCAUAUUGUAAAAACAAUUAAUUUUGCAACAUCAUAAUGUUUGCGCUUUUUGCAAAUUGAAAAUAUUUUUUUGCAAAAUUAAAUCGUAUAAACAUAUUUUUAUGAACCUGUCCAGAACCAUUUAUUUGAGCGUAAGUGGGAAUUGUAUAUUAUUGAAUAUUUUAUGUUUCAGUUACAUUUUUAAUGUAUUCAAUUAUCAAAGAGCAAAACAUUUAGUUGGAGACAGUUUUUUUAUCAUGACGAAACAAGAAAAACUUUUCUAAAUGGUCUUUGAACACCCGAACAUUGGACAUAAUUCUUAUUUGUUGGACAUAUUCAUGGAAAAAUAUUUCCUUAAAUGAUAUACUUUUAAUAUUAUACUGUUUGAUUUUUAUACCUGGUUUUGAACACUGUAACUUACCCUGGAUUUUUGAAAAAAAAGAGCCAUAUUGUUUGGUCUUGGUGCUUACCAUAUUCCUUUAGUUUUAUUGUUAUAUUUUUUAUUAGAAUUGAGGGUUAUACCUGUAUGUAGAAAAGUUAUAUACUCAUUUACUGAAUCUCAUUUAUUUUAGCUUUGAUUUAAUUAUUACAUUGGUUUUUAAGUUUACGUUUUUGUCUGAUUGAUUUUGGGUAAGUGACAAAGUUUUGAAUAGUUGAGGAUGUGUGUUCAAGUUUUUUCGAACCUUAAGAUUUUUUCAUACUCUGUGAGCUUGAAGAACAUUUAAUAGUUUUUAAGACAUAAGAGCCAAAAAAAGCACAGGUUACUGCACUCGUUUUUAUUUUAUUGGGCAUUUUCUUCACCCGCAGUUUGAGCAUUAUUGAAAUUGAUUAAAAUUGAAAAAUGUGGAUACUUAUAAAUAAAACCCAUAAUAUUCUACUAAAUGUUAUGGGGAUUUCAAGUCUUACAGGUUACUAUGAAUACAUGGUGAUAUCAGUAUUAUAUGAGCCAUGCCGUGAGAAAACGAACAUAGUGGGUAUGCGACCAGCAUGGAUCCAGACCAGCCUGCGCAUCCACGCAGUCUGGUCAGGCUCCAUGCUGUUCGUUUUUAAAGCCUAUUGGAAUUGGAGAAACUAUUAGUGAACAGCAUGGAUCCUGACCAGACUGCGCUGAUGCGCAGGCUGGUCUGGAUCCAUGCUGGUCGCAUACCCACUAUGUUGGUUUUCCCAUGGCACGGCUCAUAUACACAUAAAUGUCACUGACAAAGGUCUUCCAUUUUUACGUAAUUACAUAAUUUCCCACCCACUUUUUUUCCAGUGGGAAAAAAACAUACUUAAAUCUACAAAAAAAGAAAAUACUACAGUUAAGAUAUUAAAAAUAUUUUGCUGCUUUAAUGACAUAUAAAUAUGCUUUGAAAUAGAAAAAAGUGGUGGUCACCAUACAUGUAAGAAAUAUAUUUAGAAAAAAAAAACAGUACGAACUGGUGAAUUCUGAUAUUUUUAGUUCUUUUUUAUUUGUUUGAUACUUUCUAAAUAUCAUAAACUGAUGUUUUAAGAAACUUUUAUUUUAAUUGUAGCUUGUCAUAAUGUAUAUCAUUUAGAAAAAUAUCAGAACCAAACCUUUUCUUCUUAAAUAGAUAUUUGAAAUUACUGACCCCUAUCCCAUUGUGAAUCUUACAUGAGAAUAAGGCAAAUUUAGGCCAAAAUAAGGGUCAAAUUUUUUUUCGCAACAAGGGGGAUCUGAAUUAGUGGCAAAGAGGGAAUGCUCAUACAUCAUCGAGUUGUCUUUGUUUCUUGAAGUCUAAAAUGUUAGUUGAGAUUUGAUUGUUUUGGCCUGGCUGUUGGUUAGAAUGAAAUACAAAGGUUCCUAAUCUGAAAAUAUUUCAUACUUCACUUAAUUAAGAGAUUACCCUUGAAAAUGUUUCGGCAUACAGGAAUUACACCAAGUGCUUAUCAAACUUGGUUUUUUUAUUGUAGAAUAAUACAACUUUUUUAGCUGCAGCUUUCUUUUAUUUACCAUUUAUUUUUUAGAAAACGUUUACAUUCCCUUUUAUAUAGAUGUAAUGUAUAAGUUUCCUACCAAAUUAAAUAUUUUGCCUGCUGACUUUAAUCUCUCACCAAGAAAUAUGGCAUCUGCUGUCUGGUCGCCAUAUUUUAGGCCACAACCUAGUCUGUGAUUCAAGUUUCCUCUACAAUUCUUUUACAUGCAUAUUACAUUUUAUAGCAUUUAUUAUCUAAUUAUUUGUAGUUUUCAUAUUAUACACUGGCACAUCAAUUAUAAUUGUCUUUAAAGAUUCUGGUUGAGAUUAAAGUAACAAUCAAAUUCCCUGUCAAACUUAUUUUUGUUAAAAACAUUAAAAUUGUCCAAAGUGUUCUGAAGAUACAGAAUACUCUGUGAUAAUGGUUGUACAACGAAAUGUUAUAUUUUUCUAUAACUGCUCUACUUACAGUUGUUUUGUCUUUGUAUGAAAUAAAAGGUCUGCUGGUUCAUAUAGUCUGUGACUAGUUGUUGUUUUCGCUUUAUUGAUACCGAUUUUGGUUACUUAAAAAAGAAAAAAUGUUGGAAUGGAGCAGACCUUUGAUUUCUUCUAUCAUUUUUAUAUUUAUACAUAAAGGAGGGAUAUUUUGAAUAAAAAGGACAAACAAUUA